GGUUGAAGUGCCCUUGAGCAAGAAUCAUCCCUGCUAGAGCAAGAGCUGCUCACUGGCCAUCAGUGGAGAGCUGCGGGCGUAAAAUGAGUGGGAGCGACAUGUGUAUGAAGCUGGAAAAAUGCAUCAAAAUGAAAUCUCAUUGUGUCCCUGUGCCUCCCUGGCAGCGUCAGCGUGAAGGAUGUAGAGCCAGAGGGGGGGGCAGGAUGGAGUGCUCCUGGAAGACGGUGCUGCUGCUGGUGUGUGCGUCUCUGGGGGUCCAGUACACGGCCAUCCGCACCCUGAGGGACUCGCUGUCUGGACCCUGUCAGGGAGCCUAUCGCUGCCAGACCAGACAUUACAGAGACUCCAGGUGGAGAGCCUUGUGUGAUGACAGUUGGAUGCCGGUCGAGUUGCCCCGGAAGCACAUCCUGCUGUUUGCUACCACACGCAGCGGCUCCUCCUUCACCGGGCAGCUCCUCAACCAGCACCCAGGGAUCUUCUAUGUGUUUGAACCUCUCUACCACGUCCAGCAAGCCUUCACUAACUCCAGCAGCCGGCUGCGUCGCACCCUGGACCGCCGGGCCUUACUGGGAGCAUACAGGGACCUCCUCCUCAACCUGUACACCUGCGACCUUCACUUCAUUGAGAAUUACAUCCGUCCAGAGCCCCAGGACCACGUCACAAGCUCCUUCUUUCGCCGAAGCUCCAGCCACGCCCUCUGUUCCGCUCCCGUGUGCUUGGAAGGAGGGGAUGGAGCGGCCUCUGAUCCACCUGAUGAAACUUGGUGUCCUAAGAAGUGUGGGGCCUUGAACCUCACCCUAGCCUCUAUGUCAUGUCUGUCAAGGGGACACAUAGCCAUAAAGACUGUGCGAGUCCCUGAGGUGGGGGACCUGCGCACCCUGACAGAAGAUCCGCGUCUGGACCUGAAGAUCAUCCACCUUGUGAGAGACCCCAGAGCCAUCCUCGCGUCACGCAUUAUGGCGUUCUCUGAUCAAUUCCGCGCUUGGAAAAUAUGGAACGCGACAGGAAGGCAGCCUCGCUACGUGGACUUGUCUCAGAUCACCAGCACCUGUAAGGACAUGGCGGCCUCUGCAGAAACUAGCCUGCAAAGACCGGCAUGGCUGCGGGGGCGCUACCUGCUGGUGCGGUAUGAGGACCUGGCUUUCAAUCCGAAAGACAAGGCCAAUGAGAUCUACAGGUUCGUGGGGCUGGAGAUGGAGGACAGGGUGCGGAUGUGGAUUGCAAAGAACACCAACAGUAACGUAUCAUCUCCGUCUGAGUGGAACUACAGGUACUCCACCACCAGAGACUCCAGAGCGACAGCCGAGAGCUGGAGGCUUCGUCUCGGCUUUGACAUCGUGAGGACUGUGCAGAAUCUGUGCAAUGACACUCUGGCUCUGCUGGGAUACAAACAGGUUCACUCUGCAGCUGAACUCAGAAACUUGUCCCAUAGUUUAGUGGAACACAGGACCUUUCAGCCAGUCACAUAGUAGAUUUGAUUAAAAGUUUAAAAACAUCUUACUGUUAUUUAGUUCUGCUGACUUUCCUCUCUGUCAUGAUGCUGAUGAAAUGAAUGUAAUUUAUCUUACUUUUGAAUAAUGCCUAAAGUAAUUUAAUAUCACUUGUAUUUUCACUUUUUAUGGUUUUGUUAAAGAUAUUAAAAGUGCCAAAUUCCAAGGAUGUGUAAUGCUGGAAAGGGUAUUAAUCCAAAAUAAAGUCUAUACUGCUGUAUGUGCUAAUUGAAAACUCGUCUUGACUUGUAUGUUGAUGUGAUUAAGUUAUUAUGCUUUUUUUUCACGAUUCAAUGUUCUCAUAUUUUCAGUGUUAGCAGAGAUUAAACAAGGAUAACAGACACUUCAAAGAGUCCAGGUACCAUUUAAGAGGAAAUCUGACCUUAAGUCAGACGAAAAUUUUCCUGAAGGUGAGAUGCAGGAAGAGAGGGGGAAGAAAAUCCAGAAAUUAUAGGGCUUGCCUUCCAAGUGUUGCUAAUGCAUUUUGGAAAAGGAUUAAAAUGUCACUGGUGCAAUCUUCUGCAACUGUGAAAAUGUCGUGAAUAUGAGAAUAAUGUAUUUGUUUUUUCUUUACUAUAAAUACUUAAAUCCUGUAAAUACUGAUUAACUGUUGCAAUGCAAGUGCAAGUGUUAUGUGCUGGGUGU